AAGAACCACACCCAGGCAGCACCACACUCCAGCUGACCAAGUUGAUGUGUAUACGUGCCAGAGACUUCCUCCCUGCCAGGCCAGCACUGCGCUUCUCCACUGCUGCUUGCCUGGCCAACAAUUACUGCCUGAAGGCACAGCAGGAGUUUUUGCUGAAUCUUUGCUUCUAACUUGCUGUUUCUCCCCUAUUCCUCCUUCUCCUCCAUCUGCUACAUCUUAUUCUUCACUUUCUAUCAAUUUACUCCGUGAUGCUAGUUUCACUUUCUUCCUACUCUGGGCUACAGGAAAGCUCCGUACCAGGGCUGUGUCAGGAAAGACCUUGGUAGCUUUCCUGUUUUUCCUGUAGUUUAUUUAGCCACGAGCAUGGAGGGACCCUGGGUAGGAAAUUGGAGACCUCAUACCCGACGGGGCCCAAUCCUUGCAGAGUUCGCUACCCCAGGUCCCAAGUACUGGCUCCCUGGGACAACAGGUCAUGCAGCUCAUGAUCCUACCAAGUACAGAGCUCCUGCAUACUCAUUUCGAGGGACCAAAUGUCCCGCCGAAUACAGCUGCUCACCAGGUCCUCGGUACUACAUCCAUCCAUCCAUCACCAAAACUGGGAAGCAUGAAGCUCCAUCAGCACAAAUGACUUCACGUCCCAAGACCAAGAUAGAAGUCACCCCUGGACCCAGUGACUAUACCACGGAUCCUGCCAACAAACACAUCUACCAAACUGCACAGGCGAACAGCCUGAAGUCCCGACCCAAGGACAUAAAAGGCUUCCAAACGCCAGGUCCUGCCACCUACACCCUGCCCAGGAUUCUGGGACCCCACACAGCAUACACCCGUGCUGAACCAUGCUACUCCUUGAAAGGGAAGAGUCAAUACCAGAGCGCUUUUCAAGACUUUGCAAGGACACCAGGUCCUGCAGCGUUUAACAGGGUGGAACUGGAUGUCUACAAAACCAGGGCUCCCAAGUAUACAAUGGGACUUAGAACCAAACUUGCUGGCAAGGAUGGGGUUCCAAGUCCAGCAGAGUACACCCUGGGAAAGUUGUCAGUGACCAAGGCCCGGGACCCUGCUUACACUUUUGGACUGCGACAUUCUAUCUACAAAGCUUCUUUAAUACCUGAAACACAUCUUGAUUAAAGACAGAUAUCAGUAGA